CGUCGAGGGGGCUUAUUUUGGAAGGCCAAGUUGUGUCUUACUUGGACAUGAGUUCAGCUAACACACUAACCGUCGAUAGUCCCAGUCGUGGUGCGGUGAGACAUGACUCUGAUUACCCCUGAAUGCAACAGCACUUGGAGUGGGCGAGUAUAAGAGGCCACUAUUUUACGUACGGGAAUAGAAGUCUUGGUCGGGGCUUCUGGAAGAAUCGGACGGACAUUACUGGUCCCUGUCGCAGCCCUGCGCCUCGUCGCCUCCAGACGGCCAUCGUCCGCCCUACGGGAGGGGAAGAUAUUUCCAGGACGGCACGUCCGUGGAAUGUGUCAAACCUUGACUUAACGAUCACAGCAUUCUUGCUCCUCAUUGACGGGCACACAUUCCUGGAAGUUUGCAGACAUUCUGGAACACAAGGUUCUGGAGCGUUUGUUUCUUCUUCCUUCGAGGGAGGGAGAGAGGUGGUCGGUCGACUCCAACAGCGCCACCGCCAUCAUCGCAGUUCCACCAGUCCACCAAGUCCACCAGCCCAACCAGCCACACCAUGGUACAUCAGAUUGGCAUCGCAGUAAAAUCCAGCAGCAGCAACACGUAGCCAGACUGAGCCCUUUAUAUAGUUAGUCAAUCAAUCCAUCCACUUAUCUAAUCACUCCAUCUCGCAACGCCCAAGGGACAGGGGGGA